GCGAUGGGGCGGUGGCUCGGGGCGCUGCUGGCGCUGGCGCUGCUGGCCGGCGUGCGCGCCGCCGAGCAGAUGCAGUCGCGGGCCGCGGACACCGGCGUCGAUCUCCGCGUCGCCGAGGCCCAGCCCGUCGGCACCGUCGUCGGGAGGAUCCCCACGAAGCCCGGCUUCACGUAUCGUUUCAACGAGCCGCCGAAGGAGUUCGUUCUCGAUCCGGUGACCGGGGAGAUAAAAACUAGUGUGGUGUUAGAUCGUGAGAGUGUGGACCGCUACGCCUUCGUGGUGCUGUCCAGCCAGCCGACGUACCCGAUCGAGGUCCGGCUGCGGGUGACGGACGUCAACGACAACUACCCGGAGUUUCCGGAGCCGAGCAUCGCCGUCGCCUUCUCCGAGAGCGCGGCGCCCGGCACCAAGCUCCUGCUAGACGCCGCCACCGACAAGGAUCUAGGGGAGAACGGAAUAACGAACGACUAUCGGAUCGUGGACGGCGACGACGAGGGAAAGUUUCGGUUGAACGUCACGGUGAACCCGAGCGGUCAGACCUCGUACUUGCACUUGGAGACGACCGGAAAGCUCGAUAGGGAAACUAAUGACUUUUAUAUCUUAAAUAUUUCCGCCCGCGAUGGAGGGUCCCCGCCCAAGUACGGAUUUCUUCAAGUGAACGUUUCGAUUUUGGACGUGAACGAUAAUCCUCCGAUAUUCGAUCAGAGUGACUUUUCGGUGUCGCUGAACGAGAGCGUUCCCCCGGGAACGAUGGUGCUCAAGGUCACGGCCACGGACAGUGACCUCGGCGAUAAUAGUAAAAUCACCUACGAAGUGACGGACACUGAGAAACAAUUCGCAGUCGAUCCCGAAUCUGGUGUGAUAACGACGACAAAAAAGUUAAACUGUCCGAAGUACUGCGGGAAUGCGACUUGCAACAUGACUUGUGUGUUAACUGUUAUAGCAAAAGAUCACGGUGUGCCUCGACAAGACGCACGAACGUAUGUAACUGUAAACUUGAUAGAUGCAAACGAUCACGAUCCUGUAAUUACGUUCACGUACGUUCCACCGACUGCUAAUGUAGCUACAGUUGACGAAAAUGCCAAAAAUGGAUCCCUGGUUGCCGCAAUCACGGUGACCGAUUUGGAUGCAGGAUUAAAUGGAAUAACUAGCGUGAGUAUAAUAGCAGGAAAUGAAUUGAAUCAUUUUCGUUUAGAAAAUUCUAGCAGCGUCUAUAUCGUGCAUGUCAAUGGAAUUCUAGAUCGAGAAGAAAUUAGCAAAUACAAUUUGACGGUGGUAGCUACAGACAGAGGUGUGCCUUCUCGAACGUCGACUGCCUUUUUAGUUAUACAUGUCAAUGAUGUAAAUGAUCAUGAGCCUGUAUUUGAAAAAUCUGAAUAUUCUACUGUAUUAAGUGAGCUUGCACCUAUUGGAACUUAUGUAGCUGGAAUAACGGCAACCGAUGAGGACACAGGUGUGAAUGCAGAAAUUUUCUAUGACUUUCACGAUGGCAAUCAACAACAAUGGUUCAUAAUUGAUCACGUCACUGGUUUGGUUACUACAAAAUCUGUUUUGGAUAGGGAGAUACAAGGUACUGUCGAGUUAAAUGUUUCCGCAAGAGAUGGAGGACCAAACCCAAAAUGGGCUUAUACUAGGCUCAAGGUGACGAUACUCGAUGAGAAUGAUGAAGCACCUUCUUUUCCGCAAAGCCAAAUAAAUGCUACUAUUCAAGAAAAUAUUAAACCUAUCAAAGAAAUAAUGAUAUUGACAGCAUCUGACUAUGAUCAAGGUACAAAUGGCUCUGUAUCAUACUAUUUGUCAGGUACUACAGAAAAGAAAUAUCCAAACACCUUCUCGCUCGAUGCUAUAACUGGACAAUUAAGUGCUGUGAUUGAACUGGAUAGAGAAAAAAUUCCCGCGUAUGAAAUUUUAGUUAUUGCAAAAGAUCAAGGUUUUCCACCCCAGACCUCUUCAGCUACAGUAUUUUUGAAAGUUCUGGACGUGAAUGACAAUGAUCCAGUAUUUUAUCCACAGAUUUAUAUCGAAAGUAUAACUGAAGAUUUGUCAGUAGGCUCAAAAAUACUUCAAGUUUUAGCUUACGACCGUGAUGAAGGAGAAAAUGCAAAAUUGACCUAUAAAAUUGAAAGCGGUGGAGAUGGAUAUUUUGACAUAGAUCCUUUGAAUGGAUUCCUGUAUGUAAAGAGUGCUCUCGAUAGAGAAGAAAAGGAUUACUAUUCUUUAACAAUAAUGGCGUCUGAUCAAGGAACACCAGCAAGGUCUUCACAAGUACCAUUAGUAAUACAUAUUUUAGAUGAGAAUGAUAAUAGUCCCCAAUUUACAAACACCACAUUUGUUUUCAAAAUUAGGGAAAAUGAACCUCCAGAUACAUUUGUUGGAAAAUUAACAGCUAUAGACAAAGAUAUUGGUCGUAAUGCUGAGCUUACAUUUAGUUUAUCUAGUUCACAAAAUGAUUUUCGAAUAGACUCCAGAAAUGGUUUUAUACGCACAACAAAAUCUUUUGAUCGUGAAAGCUUAGAGCAGACCACUGGACAAAAUUAUAUUACUCUAACUGUCACAGUAAGCGACAAUGGCAGAGUGAGAUUGUCCGAUUCAGUAAGAGUUACAAUAUACAUUACGGACGUAAAUGACAACGCUCCAGUGUUUACUCAGACGCCAUAUUCUGUCGAGGUCUCGGAAGGUGCUGCAGUUGGAGCCUCCAUUAUGAGAGUGUAUUCUACAGACGCAGAUGAAGGCUUGAACGGUGACAUCUAUUACAAACUAAUAGGCGGUGAUGAUUUGGACAAAUUCAAUCUAGAUGAAGCAACUGGCCAAUUGUUUAUCAGAAAGCCUUUAGAUAGAGAAACCUUAGAUCAUUAUAGAUUAACUGUUAUGGCACACGAUUCGGGGCAAUCUAUAAGACUAUCUUCUACGACAACUAUCACAAUAGAUGUUCUCGAUGAAAAUGACAAUGCUCCAGUUUUCUCACAAACACGUAUGAAUAUCUCUGUUUUAGAAACGGAGCCGAUCAAUAAAAAGUUGAUACAAUUUCAUGCAACUGACGCUGAUUUAGGAGUCAAUAACGAGAUUCAAUAUUCCAUUACUUCGGGAAACAGGAAGGAUACAUUUUAUAUAGACAGUUACUCAGGCGAACUAUUUUUACAUAAGCAUUUAGAUUACGAAGAGUUAGUGUCGUACGUCCUAAAUAUAACAGCAACAGACAAUGGCAGUCCGAGUCUAUCUUCAAGUAUUUCUUUUGUUGUCAACGUUAUAGACGCCAAUGACAACGCACCAGUAUUUACAAACACCGCGAUCGUAAGACAAAUACGAGAAGGUAUACCAAUACAUACUCCUAUAGUUACUGUCACAGCGGAGGAUCCAGAUUCGGGAAUAAACGGCAAAGUUUAUUAUUCAAUAACACAUCAAGAUCCUGAGGAUAACAAAAGGCAUUUUGCUAUCAACAAUAUCACUGGAGUGAUUCAUACGCUGCUGCCUAUCGAUCGGGAAAGUAUAGAUACGUUCCGUAUUACCGUCGUGGCAUACGAUAGAGCAGAGCCGCCAUCGGCGAGAUUGUCUGCGGAAAAGUUGGUGACCGUAAUCGUCGAGGACAUAAACGAUAAUGCUCCCGUGUUCGUGUCAAUGAAUGCUGCUGUGAUCCCUUCGAAUAGGUUAGGUAGAAGUGCAGGUCGUGGGAUAUUCAUUAUGAACGUUUUGGCUAGAGAUAUGGACUCUGGAACUAACGGUCUCGUGACCUACAAGCUUAUCCACGGGGGGAACGAUAUGUUCGACCUGCACAGAAGCAACGGGGCUCUGACGUUGCGUUAUCCACCGGCCAUGCCGAACGCGCGAUGGAACCUCGUCAUAAAGGCCACCGAUGAGGCCGUGCUGAGUGAGCAGAAGAGUACAGAGACUUAUUUGACUGUUAUAAUGGGCGCGACUGCGUUGGAAGGUAUAACGUGGUCGAACGCGAACAGCGUAUCGGUCGCGGAGAACGAGCCGGCAGGGACUCCCGUGUUGAACCUAACGAACAAUUACAAGUCGAUGUUAGAGUAUUACAUAGUGAAUGUGACCGGUGAUAAUAAGCAGGUGGACAGGCUGUUCGAUAUAGAUUCCUCCCUAGGGAUUCUGUCUACAGCUGUGCCUCUGGACAGGGAGGCGGGCAUUGAGAGGUACGAGGUGGAGGUGUGUGCUGUGUCGUCGGGGUCUCCUCUGCAGUCUACAACUACUAAGGAAUCAAUAUAG